CGGAUCUUGCAUGAUCCCCGCUUGACAUUCCUUCGAGCUCCCGUCCGUGACUUAGCUUCGUUAUUAUAUUAUAAUUCAGUUAUUUAGUUAAGUAUACAAUAGUGAAUGCAUCUUUCCUCUGGAUAUUAAUAUACAUUUGUGCUGUGAAAUGGAUAUGACCUUAUCCUGGAUAUAAAGUGUAUUUUGAAUGCAGUGAAAAGUGAUGUAGAAAAGAUAAAAUAAAAAAAAAAGAAGGAGUGAUGAUGCUUGUGCGAGAAUACCGAUGAUGAUGAUCUAGAUGGGAUUCGUCCCAAUUGUAAAUGUUUUACGAUACCUGUUGGUAAAAUAAGAACCGCAGGUUUUGAUAAAGAUGCAGGGGAAUCCUGCUUUUCUUGCAAUAUUACUUGGUACGAUAUUUGGCUCGCUCGGAGCGUCUCUCAGCAAAGCGCUGAGGUACAAAGCCCCGGAUGAGUGCAGGUGGGUUGCGACCGGCGACGGUGAAGAUGAUGUUUCGCUUGUAUGCCGUUUAAGGACUAUUAAUAGCGAGCUAGAAAAUACUAAUUUCAGUGUUAUUCAACCUCAACAUACUGUACGAUUGAGGCUUGAAUGUAGUGAUGCUCUUUUUUAUCAAAGUUCAUUGAGCGCUGGAAGCUUUCGACCAUUAGUUGAGCUUAAAGAGCUUGUUAUUGAAUAUUGUAAGAUUGGUAAUCUAUCGGACGAUGCAUUUAAAGGACUUAAAGAGUUGCGAAAUCUUACUGUUCGCACUCAUAACACUGACUGGUCGGCAAUGGCAUUAGACGUAUCUAUGAGAGCUUUCACAGAAGAACUUUCAAAGCUUGAGAGGCUGGACCUCGGUGAGAAUAAUAUGUGGAGUUUACCAGAGGGUAGUCUAUGUUCAUUGCGCAAUUUAGAGGUACUCAACCUAACAAGAAAUCGUUUGAGAGAAGUUUCAAGUUUUCACUUUAACAUGGGAACAGGACGUUGUGUUGGAAACCUACGCGAAUUAGAUCUCAGUAAUAAUAGCAUUGAAAGCUUACCAACAGCCGCAUUCUCUGGUUUAACAAGACUACAACACUUAAAUCUUCGUAGUAACGCUAUUGGUUUUAUGGCUGAUCGAUCUUUUGAGGGUUUAACUUCUUUGUCAGUACUUAAGCUCUCAGACAAUCGACUGUCAAGUUUGCCUCCAGAGCUGUUUAAUGAAGCAAGAAAUAUCAAAGAGAUUUAUCUAAGAAAUAAUUCGCUAAAUGUUUUACCACCAGGAUUAUUCAAUGACCUUACUCAAUUAUUAGUGUUGGAUUUAUCAAAAAAUGAGUUAACAACAGAGUGGGUGAAUGCUGCAACAUUCUCUGGACUUAUUAGAUUGGUUGUAUUAGAUUUGUCAAGUAAUAGAAUAGGAAGACUGGAACCGGCUGUAUUUCGAGAUCUUUAUAGUUUACAAAUUUUAAGACUUCAAGAGAAUUUUAUAGAAAGUCUACCAGAGAAUACAUUCUCGGCGCUAUACAAUUUGCACACUCUUGUUCUGAGCGAUAAUCAGUUGACUGUUAUCGAAGCGACCACUCUGAGCGGUUUGUACGUGCUGAGCCUGCUCUCGCUGGAUAAUAACAGGCUCAACGCGCUUCAUCCAAGCUCGUUACGAAACGCCUCGUCUCUCCAGGACUUGCACCUUAACGGUAACCGGCUGACGGCCGUGCCGGAUGCCCUCAAAGCCACGCCUCUGUUGCGCACCCUCGAUCUUGGCGAGAACCUCAUUUCGGAGAUACCUACUGGUACUUUCGACCACGUGUCACAGUUGUAUGGCCUCAGACUCACCGAAAAUCACAUUGGCAAUUUGACCAAAGGCAUCUUCGAGAAGAUCAAGGAACUCAAAAUACUCAAUCUGUCGCGUAAUAGGAUACAGUCCAUUGAACCUGGGACAUUUGAUGACAACACUAAUCUUCAAGCUAUUCGUUUGGAUGGUAAUCAAUUAAUUGACAUCGCUGGAUUGUUUGCCAAUCUUCCUAAUUUAGUGUGGUUAAAUGUUAGUGACAAUAGACUUAAAUGGUUCGAUUAUGCAAUGAUUCCCACUGGAUUACAGUGGUUAGAUAUACAUUCUAACGAGAUAAGCGAACUGGGUAAUUACUUUGAGAUAGAAACGCAGCUUCAGCUCAGCACCUUUGAUGCCAGUCAGAACAAAUUGACCGAGAUAACGGGAAAUGCAAUACCAAUGAGCGUCAAAGUGCUAUUUCUUAACGAUAAUCUCAUCUCUAAAGUUCAAAGUUAUGCAUUUUUCAAGAAACCAAACUUGACUCAUGUUGAUCUUAAAGGCAAUAAAAUACAAAACUUGGAAACUUAUGCUUUAAGAAUAAGUGCUGUACCGGCAGACAAACCACUUCCGGAAUUCUACAUAGGAGACAAUCAUUAUCUGUGCGAUUGUACAAUGGAAUGGUUGCAACGUGUCAACAGGCAAAACCAGUCUCGCAUUUAUCCUCACGUGAUGGAUCUUGAAAGCAUUUACUGUAAACUCCUCUAUGAUCGUGAACGUGUGUAUGUACCACUAGUGGAAGCCUCGCAUUCACAAUUUCUAUGCAAGUAUGAGUCACACUGCUUCGCUUUGUGUCACUGUUGCGACUUUGAUGCGUGUGAUUGUGAGAUGACCUGUCCGAGCAACUGCACCUGCUACCACGACCAGUCCUGGUCAGCAAAUGUCGUCGAUUGCUCUGCCGGCGGUCACGUUAACCGGCUGCCCGAGCAAAUACCAAUGGACGCCACCAGGCUUUAUCUAGAUGGCAAUGACCUAAGAAUCAUCUCCAGUCAUGCAUUUAUUGGAAGAAAAAAACUCAAAGUACUUUUUUUAAAUGGUUCGAAUAUUGAAAUUGUUCAAAACCGGUCAUUCAAUGGCCUUCGAGAUCUUGAAGAUCUCCAUCUACAAGACAAUAAAAUUAAAGAAUUACGAGGCUACGAGUUUGAAGGAUUAGAUAAUUUGAAACUUCUUUAUCUCCAGGGCAAUGAAAUCUCGACAAUUGCCAACAGAACAUUUUCUCCCUUGAGAUCUUUAAGAGUUCUUCAGCUUCAAAGCAAUCGCCUGACGACCUUGGCGGUUUGGGCCUUGCCAUCGUCUAUUGAAGUCAGCCUCUCGAGAAAUCCCUGGUCGUGUGAGUGCGACUAUCUCGAAGUCUAUCGCGAAUGGAUACUCGCGGCAAGGAACAGAGUCGCCGACGUAUCCGAGUUGAGAUGCGUGUUGAAUGUCACAGAGCUCGAAGCGUAUGGUGACCAAGUCUUCAGGGACAACGAGUUUGGCUUUGCCGUGCUGGAGGGCAAUACAAGUGACAGUACACAGUGCACAGGUCUUACAAGUAUCGACAACGGUAUCCAGAGCAAUCUAACCAAGACUAUUAUUGAAAGACAAGCACUUCAAGAUUAUUUGCCUCUACUUAUAUCAACUCUUGCCGCAUUUCUUAUUGUCAUGCUACUUUGUAUGUUAAUAUUUAUCUUCAGACAAGAAUUCAGAGUUUGGUUUCACUCAAGAUUUGGUGUAAGAAUAUUUUAUAGAAAUACUGAAUUUGAUCGUGAUGAUCGUGAUAAAUUAUUCGAUGCUUUUGUCAGCUAUAGUUCAAAGGAUGAAGCAUUUGUGGUUGAAGAAUUAGCACCAGUUCUAGAAAUGGGUAAUCCAUCGUAUAAACUUUGUCUGCAUUAUCGAGACUUUCCAGUUGGAAGUUUUAUCGCAGACACGAUAGUUCAAGCAGUGGAAUCAUCAAGAAGAACCAUCAUGGUACUCUCAGAGAAUUUUAUCAAGUCUGAAUGGUGUCGGUUUGACUUUAAAUCAGCACAUCAUCAAGUAUUACGUGACAGAAGACGUAGACUUAUUCUAGUUCUCGUUGGAGAUGUACCUCAAAGAGAUCUUGAUCCUGACAUCAGACUUUAUUUAAAGACUAACACAUACUUGCAGUGGGGUGAUAAACUAUUCUGGGAAAAAUUGAGAUUUGCUCUACCUGAUGUGCCGAACAAUCAAAGGACAAGCAAUCAUCGACGACAACCACCGCCAGUCCGACGGCAACAUAACAAUCAAACAAGUGGACCACGAAGUGUUGCGGUUCACAUAUAAAUUAAUUACCUGGCGGGGAUUAUUUGACGAAAGACUUGAACUCAAUUUAUAUUCCUAGAGUGUAGAAUUAUCAUGCAUUUGAUAAUUUAAUCAUUCAAACAGUGAGUGAUAUCAACAAUGUGUGUGUGUGUCAAUUCAAAUUAAUAAAUAUAUAUAUAUGAAAUACACACAUAUAUAAAUGUAUGUAUGCUAUCCACUUGUGUUUAAGUGCACAAUGCAGUGCAAUAAAUAUGUGAAGUGUAAAUAUUUGUAAUGUCAAGAGAAUUGAUAAUUAUUAAUGGAUAAUUAAAACAUUUUGAAUGGAAUGUGCGUGGCACUCAAAAGUUUGUAAAUAACUCAAAUUAACUAUGCGUGAAUGUGAACAAAAAA